UCAAAAUCCGCACUGCCCAAGUUUAAGGCAGGAAAAAUAUGUUCAUUUUCAUGGGAGUCUUCUUCCUCCUUAAUAUUACACUUCUCAUGGCCAAUUUCAUUAAUCCCAGGUGCUUUUGGAGAAUAAAUUUGGAUGAAAUAACGGAUGAAUAUUUGGGAUUAUCUUGUACUUUCAUCCUGGCAGCAGUUCAGACACCCACUGAAAAAGAUUAUUUCAACAAGACUCUUAAUGUUCUAAAAACAACUAAAAACCACAAAUAUGCUUUGGCAUUGGUGUUUGCAAUGGAUGAAAUCAACAGAAAUCCUGAUCUUUUACCAAAUAUGUCUUUGAUUAUAAGAUACACUUUGGGCCUUUGUGAUGGAAAAACUGUAACACCUACACCAUAUUUAUUUCAUAAAAAAAAACAAAGCCCUAUCCCUAAUUAUUUCUGUAAUGAAGAGACUAUGUGUUCAUUUCUGCUUUCAGGACCCAAGUGGGAUGUAUCUUUAAGUUUCUGGAUGUACCUGGACAGCUUCUUAUCUCCGCGUAUCCUUCAGCUUACCUAUGGACCUUUCCAUUCUAUCUUCAGUGAUGAUGAACAAUAUCCCUAUCUCUAUCAGAUGGCCCCAAAGGACACAUCUCUAGCAUUGGCAAUGGUCUCCUUCAUACUUUAUUUGAAAUGGAACUGGAUUGGCCUUGUCAUCCCAGAUGACGAUCAAGGAAACCAAUUUCUUUUAGAGUUGAAGAAACAGAGUGAAAACAAGGAAAUUUGCUUUGCCUUUGUGAAAAUGAUCUCUGUUGAUGAUACUUCAUUUCCACAUAAAACUGAAAUGGACUACAACCAAAUUGUGAUGUCAUCCACAAAUGUUAUUAUCAUUUAUGGAGAAACACGCAAUUUCAUUUAUUUGAUCUUCAGAAUGUGGGAACCUCCCAUUUUACAGAGAAUAUGGAUCACCACAAAACAAUUGAAUUUCCCUACCAGGAAGACAGACAUAAGUCAUGGCACAUUCUAUGGAUCACUUACUUUUCUACCCCACCAUGGUGAGAUUUCUGGCUUUAAAAAGUUUGUACAGACAUGGUUCCAUGUCAGAAACACAGAUUUAUAUUUAGUAAUGCCAGAGUGGAACUAUUUUAACUAUGUAAGCUCAGCAUCCAAUUGUAAAAUACUGAAGAACAAUUCAUCUGAUGCCUCAUUUGAUUGGCUAAUGGAACAGAAGUUUGACAUGACCUUUAGUGAGAAUAGUCAUAACAUAUACAAUGCUGUGCAUGCCAUAGCCCAUGCCCUCCAUGAGAUGAAUCUGCAACAGGCUGAUAAUCAGGCAAUAGGCAAUGGAAAAGGAGCCAGUUCUCACUGCUUGAAGGUAAACUCCUUUCUAAGAAGGACCUACUUCACUAAUCCUCUUGGGGACAAAGUGUUUAUGAAGCAAAGAGUAAUAAUGCAGGAUGAAUAUGAUAUUAUUCACUUUGGGAAUCUCUCACAACACCUUGGGAUUAAGAUGAAGUUAGGAAAGUUCAGCCCAUAUUUACCACAUGGUCGACACUCUCACUUAUAUGUAGACAUGAUUGAGUUGGCCACAGGAAGAAGAAAGAUGCCAUCCUCUGUGUGCAGUGCAGAUUGUAGUCCUGGAUUCAGAAGAUUGUGGAAGGAGGGAAUGGCAGCCUGCUGUUUUGUUUGCAGCCCCUGCCCAGAAAAUGAAAUUUCUAAUGAGACAAGCUCCUCUCCAUUUCAUCCUUGCAUUCAGACAGGAACAAUUAUGGGCUGGAGAUGUGACUAUGGGAUGGGAAUCCCAUCACUCACUUGAUGUCCUGUCUUCCGGCUGGAGGUGGGCUCUUUAAGUUAACACUAUCUACUGUAGUACAUUUCAUCUAAGGUCUCUGACCUCCCAAGUCUCUGGUGCAUUUUGGUGGGUCCACCCACCCUCCUAUUACCUGAGGUUGCCUGUUUAUAUUCUUUUUGCUGGUCCUCAGAGAUCGGUUCCCCUCUCACCUGCCCACACACCACAAACCCCUUUCAAAUAACAUCAUAAAUGAUACAAUGAAGUUAAGUAUACAAAGAACAAAUUGCUUGGUUUUAUUUCAUUUAAAUCUUUAUGAACUUUAUGAAUUGAAAUCAAUGCUCGGCAACAGCAUCCUUCACAUUACAUAUCAGCAUCAAAGGCAGCAUUGCAAGGCUUCUUUCAUUACCCUUACUUGAAUUACCUUGACAAUAAAAUUUCUGAAGCAGACCUAACUAAGCUUUCCUUUGGAAAUCAGAUAUGGAUCAAUGUGUGAAUUGUCCAGAAUACCAAUAUGCCAACACAGAACAGAACAAAUGUAUUCAGAAAGGUGUCACCUUCCUAAGCUAUGAAGACCCCUUGGGGAUGGCACUUGCCUUAAUGGCCUUCUGCUUCUCUGCAUUCACAGCUGUGGUACUUUGUGUCUUUGUGAAGCACCAUGACACUCCUAUUGUGAAGGCCAAUAACAGAAGCCUCAGCUACCUAUUACUCAUGUCACUCAUGUUCUGUUUUCUGUGCUCCUUUUUCUUCAUUGGCCUUCCAAACAGAGCCAUCUGUGUCUUACAGCAAAUCACAUUUGGAAUUGUAUUCACUGUGGCUGUUUCCACAGUUCUGGCCAAAACAGUCACUGUGGUUCUGGCUUUCAAAGUCACAGACCCAGGGAGAAGAUUGAGAAACUUCCUGGUAUCAGGGACACCCAACUACAUUAUUCCCAUAUGUUCCCUACUCCAAUGUGUUCUGUGUGCAAUCUGGCUAGCAGUUUCUCCUCCCUUUGUUGAUAUUGAUGAACACACUCUCCAUGGCCAUAUCAUCAUUGUGUGCAACAAGGGCUCAGAUACUGCAUUCUACUGUAUCCUGGGAUAUUUGGCCUGCCUGGCACUUGGAAGCUUCUCUCUGGCUUUCUUGGCCAAGAAUCUGCCUGACACAUUCAAUGAAGCCAAAUUCUUGACCUUCAGCAUGCUAGUGUUCUGUAGUGUCUGGGUCACCUUCCUCCCUGUCUACCAUAGCACCAAGGGCAAACACAUGGUUGCUGUGGAGAUCUUCUCCAUCUUGGCAUCCAGUGCAGGGAUCCUUGGAUGUAUUUUUGUACCCAAGAUUUAUAUCAUUUUAAUGCGACCAGAGAGAAAUUCUACCCAAAAGAUCAGGGAAAAAUCAUAUUUCUGAACAAAUAUUUAGGAAUUCUGUCAAAUGUAAAGUUGGUACAUACCCACCAAAUAUUGGGUUAUAGUGCAUGUGUCUAGUUUUAGAAUCACUCUCACUGGUUGCUCUAGUGAUAUCAGGAAGUAUCAUAUCUACUGAACUUCCCUACAGUGUCCAUAAAAUCUUGCACUCAUUCACUUUCUUCAUUUUCUCUCAGAGAACUAAACUCUCAAUUAUUACAAUUUUAUUCUUCAUUUUGAUUUCAUGGAGAUGGCCCUCUGGUAACUGCCAAAAAAUGUUGAUAAGGCAGUUGAAUCCACCACUUUGUGUAGAAAAAUGAGAUCUAGGAAGACAGGGUUACACAUAAAAACCAUCUACCAAAUCAAAUAAUCAAUGAGAAACACAGACUAACUAAAUAAUCAGCAAAGAUGAAAUCAGAACAUAUUUUCUGAUUUCCAGUAAGAGCACACACAUAAGAAAAUACUUACUUUUUUCAUCUGUUCUUCAAUCUACUGGCCAAUAGUCUAAGGAGGAAAUGUUCCUUUUCUGCUGUCAAAUAAAAAUAUAUUAUAUCC